UGCAGUCCUGGUUCGCUUUGCAGGCGCGUACACCCUCUGCAGUCACAGCUACUCUUUAUCAUGUAUGACAGCCAUGCUCCGCAGCUUCUCCUGUCUAUAUUCCUCUUCUGUUUCGGAGUGAAGGCGAUAACUGAUCACUCCUGUUAUGACACGGACUUAGUGGACAUGGUGGUCCCCGUGGAGCUCUCUGGAGAGGAGGCUCACCUGUUGCAUGACUCAUCCAGGCGCAGCGCGCGUCGGCGCGGCCAGCGCUCUGUCGAUUCCCGGGGUGGACUAAACUCUGUGGAGGACACCUUGUUUUUAUCUUUACCUGCUUUUGGAAAAGACCUGUACUUACGCCUGAAAAGGGAUGCCGCUUUUCUGUCUGAGGGGUUUGUGGUCGAGGAGAGGGGAGGCGAAACAGACCCCCCUAAAUGGUCGCACCUGGCCAGAGACCAGCUCUGCUUCUACUCGGGAUGGAUUGUCAACCACACUGACUCUUUUGCCUCCCUCAACACCUGCAGCGGUCUGACUGGACUGGUCUAUACAGGAGAGGACAGUCUCUUCAUCCAGCCGGUCAGCAGUUCUUCCGACUCCUUUUCCGGGCUGCAGCACAGGGUGGUCCGACACCGCCGCUCAGCCAAGACCAUCCCUCCUUCUGCCCCUCCCCCUGGAUCCACAGCUGAAGACAAGCAGCCCAAGGACUGCGGCACCAUUCCAGUGAGGAAGAAGAGGCAGAAGGGAGUGGAGGAGGGCCGUAGAAGGAGGAACACCAUCCAUCUGAAUGGGUUGUAUACGGUAGAGACGGUGGUGGUGGCAGACUCAGACAUGGUGCAGUACCACGGGGCAGAGGCCGCGCAGAGAUUCCUGCUCACCGUCAUGAACAUGGUGUACAACAUGUUUAACAGCAAGAGUCUGGGCGUCAGAAUCAACAUACGGGUCACCAAGCUGGUCCUGCUCCACAACCGCCCAGACAAGCUGAAAGUGGGCCACCACGGAGAAAGGUCCCUGGAGAGCUUCUGUCAGUGGCAGUGGGAGGAGUACGGCGGCCCCCGUUACUUAGGCAACAAUUACGUGCCCGGGGGCAGGGAUGACAUCCCACCUGUGGACACGGCCGUGCUCGUCACUAGGACUGACUUCUGCGUGCACAAAGACCAGCCCUGUGACACAGUGGGUAUUGCCUAUCUGGGAGGGGCGUGCAGCUCCAAGAGGAAGUGUGUUCUGGCCGAGGACAACGGACUCAACCUGGCCUUCACCAUAGCCCACGAGCUGGGACACAACAUGGGGAUGAGCCACGAUGACGACCAUGCUACCUGUACAGGCCACUCCCACAUCAUGUCUGGCGAAUGGGUGAAGGGUCGUAACCCCAGCGACCUGUCAUGGUCCCCCUGCAGCCGUGACGACCUGGAGAAGUUCCUCAGGUCCAAAGCCAGCAGCUGUCUGCUCCACACAGACCCCAGAAGCCGCUACAAGGUCCGCCUGCCACCCAAACUGCCAGGCAUGCACUACAGUGCAGACGAACAGUGUCAGAUCCUCUUUGGAACCAACGCCACCUUCUGCAAUGACAUGGAGGUACACACACAUCACCUGAUGUGCGCGGGCCUGUGGUGUUUGGUGGAAGGAGACAAGUCCUGUAAGACCAAGCUGGACCCUCCUCUGGACGGCACAGAGUGUGGAGCUGACAAGUGGUGCCGGGCAGGGGAGUGUGUAAGUAAAAGCCCUAUCCCACAGCAUGUGGAUGGGGACUGGAGUAUCUGGAGUCAGUGGAGCCAGUGCAGUAGAACCUGUGGCACCGGAGCCCAGUUCAGACAGAGGAAAUGUGACAACCCGCCGCCAGGUCCUGGUGGUAGUAACUGUCAGAAGGCCAGUGUGGAACAUAAAGUGUGUGAAGGUCCUCCCUGCCCUAAAGGAACACCCAGCUUCAGAGAGCUGCAGUGUCUCUCCCAUGACCGCCAGGCCGGAAAGAAGAAGAACAGCAUAUGGACCGCAGUCAAUAACGAUGAGAAGCCAUGUGCCCUGUUCUGUUCCCCUGUGGGGAGAGAUGCCCCCAUCCUGGUGGCAGAGAGAGUGAUGGAUGGAACACCAUGUGGACCCUACGAGUCAGACCUGUGUGUCAAUGGCAGGUGUCAGAAAAUCGGCUGCGAUGGCAUCAUCGGCUCGUCAGCCAAGGAGGACCGCUGUGGGGUGUGUAACGGAGACGGACACUCCUGUAAGAUAGUCAAGGGAGACUUCAACCACACCAAGGGCAGGGUCUCCUCUAGCCACUGUAAGAGGGUUUCUACCUGUGUGAUGGCUAAACCAAGGGCUGUCCCCAAGUGUUUCUCAUGUUACAUCGAGGCUGCUGUCAUCCCCGUUGGUGCUAGGAGAAUCAAAGUUGUGGAGGACAAGCCCUCACACAGCUUUCUGGCAAUGAAAGACUCUACCAAGAGGUCCAUCAACAGCGACUGGAAGAUCGAGCUUCCUGGAGAGUUCCAGCUGGCCGGCACUACAGUGCGCUACGUCCGGAGAGGACUCUGGGAGAAAAUGUCCGCCAAGGGACCCACCAAGACCCCGCUGUACCUCAUGGUGCUGUUGUUCCAUGACCAGACCUAUGGGAUACACUAUGAGUACACAGUGUCUCUGAACGUAACUGAACGUGAUGAUGUCAGUGAGGAGCAGAGAGCACCAGAGCACCUCUACCUUUGGACACACAGUUCCUGGCAAGACUGCAACGUACAGUGUGGAGGAGGUGAGAGGAGGACAGUGGUGUCCUGUAUGAGGCUGGUCAAUAAAAGCAUGACUCUGGUGAAUGACAGCCUCUGCCAACCAGAGAACAGGCCGUUACCCCAAGUACGACGCUGCAACUCACACCCCUGCCAGUACAGGUGGGUGACAGGGGAGUGGGGCCAGUGCUCGGUGACGUGUGGGAAGGGUCUCCAGCUGCGUGAGGUGGGCUGUGUGUACCAGCUGCAGAACGGAUCCCUUAUCCACACACGGGACUUGUACUGCCAGGGGGGCAAACCCCCCGCCCUGCAGGGCUGCGAGGGACGCCACUGCCUCACUGCCUGGGAGGCCUCUGAGUGGUCCAAGUGUUCUUCAGACUGUGGCAGUGGGGUCCGUCGGAGGACAGUGAGGUGCACCAACCCCCAGGGGAACUGUGACCCCCUCUCUCAGCCUGCUGACCAGGAGCCCUGUGAGGACCACUCCAAAUGUUACGAGUGGAAGACUGGGGACUGGUCCAAGUGCUCGUCAUCCUGUGGGAAGGGCCUGCAGUCCAGAGUGGUCCAAUGUAUGCACAGAGUGACAGGUCGCCACGGUACUGACUGCCCCGUGGUGUUCAGACCACCCACCUACCGGCCCUGUCACCAGGAGGCCUGCAAUGACAAAGUCAACGUCAACACCAUCACCUCCCCCAGAUUAGCUGCUCUGACCUACAAGUGCACAGGAGACCAGUGGACUGUGUACUGCCGUGUGAUCCGAGAGAAGAACCUGUGCCAGGACAUGAGAUGGUACCAGCGCUGCUGCGACACCUGCAGAGACUUCUACGCCAACAAAACACCCCGCAAGAGUUAAUGAUGAAAGCACUCACACACAUACUGUACACAGACACACACACACACACUUCACCUAGGGCUACGACUUUAGAUGCUUCUGUAACACUUGACUUAAAGCUUGUGGGUAUAAUGCUUUGUAAGUCGUUAUAAGCAUGAAUGAGCAUUUAUAAUGUGUUAUAAUAAUGCUUAUGAUAUGAUAUGUCUCUCUAUGUAUCAGCAUAUUAACCGACUCAAAAUGUCUGUUAUUUAACCUGCUUCAGGAGAUGAUACUAAUAUAUUGUAAGGGUCUCGUGGCAGGUCUUUAUGCCGGCAGGCUUUAAGUAAAGAGUUACGGAUGGUUGUACUGAAUUAUUCAUAUUCUUAUUAUUAAUUAUAGGACAUUACAUUUUGGAGAAAAAGUGGAAAUGAGUGCAGAGACCAUUUCAAGUGGGAUCAUAAGCUUGCUGUUGUCAUGAAGACUUGAAAACCUUCUUUAACUUGUUUUAUUGCUGUAAACCAAAGCGAGGGACUUCACAGUCUGGGGAGUCUCUCGGUGGGUAGCCUGUCGCGUCAACGUUUGUUGUACAGUGUGAUUUAACAUUAGCGUUAACAUAUGUGAUAACUCUUUAUGUGGAAAGGUCAUUGUUGUCAGAUUGUCUAUAGAUACUCAGUGAACUAUCAGAACAUGUCUGAUUUUCAAAUGCACACGCUGAAUCUAAUACAGCUAAUGAGGCUGA